AAGGACGGCGUCAUGUGAUCUGGAAAGAUUUCAAAUCUUGAAACCACACUAUGGUUGAUUUAGAGUCGUGCAGCAGGUGAACCCUUUGCAGUGAUGUGGAGACAAGAGCAGAGAUGCAGAAUGAGUCUUUUGGGCAGCAGACACCCUGCUUUGUGUUGCAUUCUCCUCUUUUUUCUCCUUCUAGGUCGUGUGUCUGCUACCACCAUAAUAGCCACAGUUGGAAGAGAUGUGACUUUGCCAUGUAACUAUGAUGCGCAGUACUACGGGACGCUUUCGGUGUGUUGGGGCCGGGGGGACAUACCCAACAGUGGCUGUGCGAAUGAGGUGCUCAGGACGGACGGGUCGUCAGUGACCAGCAGAGCGUCUGAACGCUACGUGCUCAUUGGGGAUCUUGGCCAGGGUGACGCGUCACUGACCGUCAGGAAUGUUGUGGAGGGCGACUCUGGGACGUACGGCUGUCGUGUGGACAUCCCAGGCUGGUUUAAUGAUCUCAAAUUUCAUGUCACUCUGACAGUAACUGCAGGGCCCCCAAAUCCCGUGACGAUAGAGUCAAGAGAGGUGAAGGACAGGACGGUGACUGUUCGCUGGGCUCCUGCGUUUGAUGGCGGCAGACCCAUCACGAUGUACUGGCUUGAUCAAAAAGACAAAGAGGCAUCCUGGGACUCUGCGGUAAGAACUGAAAUCUCCAAUCCUAAGUUGAUUCAGGUGACUUUGAUGGAUUUGCGUCCAUUCAAGACCUACAGCCUCCGCAUGUUUGCCAGGAACAGUGUGGGAGUCAGUGCGUCCAGCAACGUCAUAACAGUCACCACAAAAGAAGCAGCACCAGAGGGUGCUCCCUUGGAUAUGGAUCUGGAGGCCCUCAGCCCCAACACUAUCCGAGUUACAUGGAAGCCUCCGAGGGCUGAUCUCAGAAACGGCGUUCUGCGGAGUUACAGCAUCAGCUACAGAGAGUUCGACCCCGUAAGCCAGCAGUUUAAACAGUGGCAUCACCGUAGUGUGGCGGCGACACGUGACGUGGAGAGCAUUGUCCUGAACAACCUGAAGCCUUCUGCCAUGUACGGCGUGCUCAUACAGGCCAAGACAAACGCUGGGAUAGGCCCUCCCACGACUGCACCUUUCUGCUCCACUCUGGAUGAGGUUCACACAACAACAACAGCAACAUUAACAACAGCCACAACUGCGUCUUCUUCCUCUGCUGCGACAGUGUGGAUUGAAGAAGCUACUUCCACUGCAGUUCCCAAAACUACAACAGCAGAGACUGUCCCCGUGUUCACAGUCUGGGAGGAAAGUACGACUAUGGUGCCAGACGUCCUCACUCCGAACCCCUUGGCUCCCCCGGAUCCCCCAGUAGUUAAAUUGAAAGAGGUGAAAGACCACACAAUUUCCCUCUUUUGGACUCCUGGGUUUGAAGGCGAAAGCCCCAUCACUGGCUUUUACCUGGAGUACAAAGCAGCAAACGCCUCGUGGGAUUACAUAAAAACUGUCGUAGACUUCGGCGCUAACGAGACGGAGGCUACGAUAAUAGAGAUACACCCCUCCACGUACAACAUCCGCAUGUUCGCCAGGAACAGUCUGGGCACCAGUAAAGCCAGCAAUGUCCUCACCAUCACCACCGGAGACACAGGUCAUCAGUGGAACAAUGUCUCUACCACCACAUCAGCGGACACUCAUGCAGCAGUGAAUGCUGAGGAGAGUCAGAGUGGUCACCUAGCUGCCAUCAUUGUAGCAGUGGUGCUGGUAGUGUUGACUGUUGCCUUGGUAACAACAUGGCACUUUCGACGAAUGAGACUGAAAAAUGGCAGCCUGAACAUAUGGCUGUCCAACGGAGCGCUACGGUACAGAGGCUCUGAGUCACUACAAGAGCUGUAAAACUCUAGCUUUUUGAAUUUGGGGGAAAUUGCCACAGAAGAUUGUAUAUUUGUUUAUUUUCAGAGAACAAAUCUAAAUCUAAACCUUGA